GCGGCUGCAGCGGGAAGCGGGGAGAGAUUUGAACCGGAUAGUAGGAAAAUCUUCAAACUUCACUGAAGAAAAACAUUCUGCUUUUAAAAACUUCAUACAGCUGUGGGGUGAAAUGGGGAGUUUGCUUCAGGAGGUGAAGCGCUGGGCGACUGAAGAGCUGGACUUCCCCCCUCACAAACUCCCACACGACAGCUACAUUAAAACGCUGUGUGUUGGUUCCGGAGCUUCAAUUUGGAAAUAUGCCAUACAGCAUGUUUACCAUGAGAGGAAUGUGAGAGUUAUGCGAGGGAAUCUCCAAUGGUACAAAAUUUUACAGGAUAAAGAGCUGAAGCAGGUGGAGGGCCAGAAUAAGGAUGCUCAGCGUGUGGAGCUGCAGAGGGAGAUAGAGGUACUGCAGGCUGAGCUCACUCAGUUAGACCAGAAGAUUAGCACAGCAGAGGAACAGCUUGCUAACGAAGAGAAGAACAUGGGCAGGCACUGGGAGAAGCAUGAGGAGAACAGGCUGAGGGAGCUGAUGCUGGACUCCUUCAGGCAGCGCUGUGCGGACGAGCGACACUCUCUCACAGAGGACACACAGAAGAUCAGCAGCCAACGACAAGCUUUGGAGCAUCUCUCCAAGAAAGCGGAGGUGAAGCUGGUGUUUGGACCGUCUGACAGCAGAAACACUGGCACAGCUGCAGAGCCCCUGGUUUUACGGGAUGUUCGCGAGCUGUGCAGCGAGAGAGUUCUCUUCUUCCAGUCUCUGCAGGAGAGUGCGCUGAAGGCUGCCUCUUCAGAAUUUACUCCUGAUCAGAGGAAUGCAGCCUAUCAGCACUGGCUCAGUGCAGUUGAGGGUUUGCUGCGCUCUCACCCUCCAAAUCAAGUGCUUUUAGCCCUGCAGACUCUGGCCUCCAAACAGCAGGCGGCCCUGGAGGAGAAGACUGCUACUUUGGAUGUGGAACGUGAUGUGUCUGCUCUUGGGUUUCGAUAUGAGAGUAAUCACCUGCUUGAUGUGUCGAUGGAAGAGGAGGAGGAUUUGCCACCGGUCCGCUGUCUCUUACAGUCUGCGUGGGAGGACGUGGAGCAGUGCUAUAUGCAUCUGGCAGAAGUACGCAGCAGAGCUCGGCAGCUGCACAUUGAUCUCACUGCUCUCAUGAAGCAGGCAAAGCUAAGAAUUCUCGGACAGGACGAUGACGCUGACCCCAUCGCCAGGAACGUGUUUGAGCUGGAGGUGCAGACGGCGAGACAGGCUGCAGUGAGAGACAGUGUGAGGGAGCAGUGUGCUCAGCUGCAGCUGCAAAACCAAGAGAGACACGAGGCCCUGCGGAGCCUCCAAGCACAGUGGCAAAGCAUCAUGGACUUCAGACAGCUUGUGGAUAUUAGACAAGAACAAAUAAGGAGCCUGAUCAAAGGGAACUCCACUAUAAAGACUGAGCUCUCCCAUGUCCAUUCUGAGUUAAGGCAGUUUGUGCAGGAGAAGCUCAGCCCACAGUUUGGGGAUGUGGUUCGCGCUGCUGUUGGACUCCGUAAUUCCGUUUCCCAGGAGGCCAAGCAGUUCAAUUUGGUGUCCCUCGCUGCUUUGGAUCGCAGAGUUGUAGACGGUGAGAGAAUACCAGUGGACCAGCUCUCUCUCUAUCGUGUGAACUCACCAGCCCUCCAUACAAUCCGCUGCAGCCUUUCCACACCGAUGUACAUGGCUCCAGAGGAGCUGUACUCUCAGACAGUGUCUCAGAGGCUGGAGCUGCGAUUCCUUCGUCGACUUAUGCAGCUGCACUCAGACUCUCUAGCAGACACGCAGAGACGGACAGCGCAGCUUCCCGCACCCAGCCAGCAGGCCCUACUGCAGCGUGUGAAAGCAGAGGAUGCGGAGGUGUUGCAGUCUCUACUGCCUCGUGUACAGGAGCUCACACAGCGGUGCUCUAAAGGUCUCGCCUACGGGAACCAAGUCAAUACCGCCAUUGCACACUGGUGGGAGCAGCCUGGCCAGUUUGCUCUGCCGGAGAAGAAGUGGGAAGGACUGACCUUCCAGCAGUGGCUGCAGAGAUGGAAACUGGCUACAAAAAGACUUUAAACUUGGUUUUUGAAAUGUACACUACGAGUUAUUCUUCAUUUCCUCAUACGUGAUUAUGCUCUGUCUCUCUCCGAUUAGGAAACAUUUGUUUUUAUACUACAUUAAACAUGUUCUACAGUCUGUAAAACCUGAUUAGCAGUAGGCAAGAAC